CGCGCCCUAUUAUAUACACGCGCGCUACUACUCUCCCACGCCGGUGGCGCAGGUCGCACCGGGGCCUCUCACAUCUGUGCUCCGCGCCCAGAUUCCAACACGCCCCCUCGACCUAGCCACUGCUGCUGCCCGCCCCCUGCGCCUGGUGUCUUGUAUCACCGCAGCGGCGCCCCGCGGUCAACCCUCUGGCCCUCACCCUCCUGCCCUCGACCUCCUGAUCCCACCUCUGCUUGGUCGCACCUCGACCUGCCCCAGCUCCCAGCCUUUGACCUGCCAACUGGAUUACUCACCAGCCAGCAUCCUGGUCCCCAGCAGGAGCCUCGUACCAGCCCGUUGUGCGGCCAGGAGUUUGGGAGUCGCCCGCUCUCUAGAAGAUGGCUCCACGGGGCCAAACCGAUGGCCCAUCCCAUUGUAGCCGCGCCCUAUUAUAUACACGCGCGCUACUACUCUCCCACGCCGGUGGCGCAGGUCGCACCGGGGCCUCUCACAUCUGUGCUCCGCGCCCAGAUUCCAACACAUCUUUCGUUCUAG